AUGGUUAAAAUCCUUGCAUUACUAAAAUUUCUCAUAUUUGCUAGACGCAAGCAAGUAAAACGUCCAACAAAAAACGCAUAUUGUGAUGGUACGUCGUAUUGGAGAGUUAGAGUGAGCGGAGAGGACAUCCAACAUAUCCCAUAUAUGCACAUGAACUUGAAGAGACCUUUGUUUUUAUGGAAUUUGAUGAUCAGGGAUUCUAUCAACCAUGGCCUUUUCUCACACACUCUCCAACUCUACGCCUCCAUGUUUCACACUGGCCUUCAUGGCAACAGCUUCACCUUCCCACUCGUCUUCAAGGCUUGCUCCAACCUCACUUCCAUUGACUUCGCCAUCCAGCUCCAUUCCCAUGUCUUUCGAAAUGGCUUUCAUGCUGACCUCUUUGUGCAAACUGCUCUCAUUGACAUGUAUUCCUCAUGUUCUCGUUUGGGGUCUUCCAGAAAAGUGUUCGACGAAAUGCCUAUGAGAAGUCUCGUUUCUUGGAACUCUAUCAUCUCUGCGUAUUCUCGUGCUUUUCGGGUUAACGAAGCUUUUUUGCUCUUGAAAGAAGUGUGGGUUCUUGGUCUUCAACCUAGCUCUUCUACCUUUGUCAGCAUUUUGUCUGGUUGUUGCCACCCAGAUAACCAUUCUCUUUUUCAUUGCCUGUCAAUACACGGUUGUGCAAUUAAGCUUGGAUUAACGAAUUGUGAGAUUCCUUUGGCCAACUCCCUAUUGAAUGCGUAUAUCCACUUUGGACAAAUGGAUAGGGCUCGCUUCAUUUUCAAUAACAUAGAAGAAAAAUCCCUUAUUUCAUGGACGACUAUUAUAGGUGGUUAUUUUCGUGUGGGCAAUGUUGAUGAAGCAUUUAGUUUGUUCAAUCAAAUGAGACAAACAAGUCUCAGCCUGGAUUCUGUCCUGUUCGUGAUCCUUGUUUCUGGUUGUGCUCAAGAAGGGAAUAUUAUUUUAGCUUCUUCAGUUCAUUCCCUCGUACUUAAAGCAGGAUCUGAUGAUGAGGAACCUAUUAACCACUUGCUAGUAACCAUGUAUGCAAACUGUGGUGAUCUUGUGUCCGCUAGAAAGAUAUUCGACAUGGCUAAUGAUAGAAGCAUCUCCUUGUGGACAUCCAUGAUUGGUGGAUAUACCCAUUUGGGUUAUCCUGAAGAAGCAUUCAAUCUCUUUCGCAAGUUACUGAGUACAGCUACUAAACCAACUGGAGCAACUUUAGCUAUCAUUCUCUCUGCUUAUGCUGAUUUGCAGUCUCUGAGCAUGGGGAAAGAGAUUGAAGAAUACAUAUUGAUGAAUGGCUUGGGGUCGGACACUCGAGUCCAGACGUCAUUGAUACACAUGUUCUGCAGAUGUGGAGCCAUAAAGAAAGCAAGAGAACUGUUUGAGAGGGUGACAAAUAAAGACUUGGUAGUUUGGAGUUCCAUGAUAAAUGGCUAUGCUACACAUGGGAUGGGAGAAGAGGCUCUCAGUCUUUUCCAUAACAUGCAAAGUUCUGGAAUAAAGCCAGAUUCUGUUGUUUACAAAAGUAUUUUAACGGCAUGCAGUCAUUCAGGUUUGGUAGCAGACGGAAUGAAGUAUUUUCAUAGUAUGCAGAAGGAUUUUGGAAUACAACCUACUUCAGAACAUUAUGCUUGUUUGGUAGAUCUUCUUGGUAGAGCUGGUCAACUCAACUUGGCAGUCAGAAUCAUUCAAGAAAUGCCUGUAGAAGAGCAAGCUCUAGCAUGGGGUCCAUUGCUCAGUGCUUGCAGGACUUAUUGCAACAUUGAGCUGGGGGAGUUAGCGGCUAAGAAGUUGCUAGAUUUGAAUCCUGAAAGCGCUUCUAAUUGUGUCUUAGUGGCAAAUUUAUAUACAUCAGUUGGUAAGUGGGAGAAAGCAGCUACGACAAGAAGGUUGAUAAAAGAAGAGCAGUUGAUUAAAGAACGAGGGUGGAGCCACAUUGAGAUCAAUGGCUGUUUCCAUGUAUUUUUUGCAGGAGAUCGAUCCCACCCUCAGUCCAUUGGUAUUUAUAACAAGUUAGAAGAGCUAAAUGUUAAACUUAGAGAAGCUGGCUAUGGUGCACAAAUAGAGAUGGUGACUCAUGACUUGGAGAAGGAAGAAAAAGAGGCAGCGUUGAAGGUCCAUAGUGAGAGGUUAGCUGUUGCAUUUGGACUGAUUGCUACAAAGGCAGGUACCACUCUGAAGAUCAUAAAGAACUUGCGUACAUGUGGAGAUUGCCAUUCUGCUUUAAAAAUCAUCUCAAAAGUUACAAACAGGCUUCUUAUAGUCAGAGAUGGUCAACGCUUCCACCAUUUUGAGUCUGGGUCUUGUUCAUGCAAAGACUACUGGUAGUAUUACUUCUCCUUUCGGCAAGAUUUUAAAGGUCUUAAGAGUUCCAAAUGUAAAUGUUGCUCUCAAUCAGGCUGAGAGUGCCAAUCGAUGACCAUGAUAUGUGUCCUUUUAAGCAGUGUGUAUAUAUAAUUUUGCACGGUACCCACAACUCAAAAAGUUAAAAUACUAAAAUCUAGUGUCGACUUCAUUUUUGGAUGCUCAUAAACUUCAUCAUGUAGCAUAUACACAGUUUCAGACAGUCCUCAUUUUCAUUUUAAUGAUACUUUUAAAGCAUUGUUAACCUUUUCCUCUA